AUGGAGCAUCUAAAGGCCUUUGAUGAUGAAGUCAAUGCUUUUUUGGACAACAUGUUUGGACCUCGGGAUGCGCGCGUCAGAGGGUGGCCCAUGCUGGACUCGUACCUCCCCACCUUCUCCCUCACGGCCCUCUACCUGCUGCUGGUGUGGCUGGGCAGCAGGUGCAUGAGGGGCAGGCCUGCCCUCUCCCUCAGGGGCGUCCUCACCGCCUACAACCUCGGCAUCACCCUUCUCUCCGCGUACAUGCUGGCAGAGCUUAUUCUGUCCAGUUGGGAAGGAGGCUACAACCUACAGUGUCAGGAUCUGACCAGUGCAGGGGAGGCCGACAUCCGGGUAGCCAGGGUGUUGUGGUGGUACUACUUCUCCAAAUUAAUAGAGUUCCUGGACACAGUUUUCUUUGUGUUGCGGAAAAAAACCAGCCAGAUCACCUUUCUUCACGUCUACCAUCACGCCUCCAUGUUUAACAUCUGGUGGUGCGUCCUGAACUGGAUACCUUGUGGGCAAAGUUUCUUUGGCCCGACCCUAAACAGCUUCAUCCACGUCCUCAUGUACUCCUACUACGGGCUGUCCGUCUUCCCGUCCAUGCACAAGCACCUCUGGUGGAAGAAGUACCUGACGCAGGCCCAGCUGGUGCAGUUCCUGCUCACCAUCACCCACACCAUGAGCGCCGUGGUCAGACCCUGCGGCUUCCCCUUCGGCUGCCUCAUCUUCCAGUCUUCUUACAUGAUGACGCUGGUCAUCCUCUUCUUAAACUUCUACAUUCAGACAUACCGGAAAAAGCCAAUGAAGAAAGCCAUGGAAGAGGCAGGGAAAGAAGUCAAGAAUGGUUUUUCCAAAGCCUACUUCAGUGCGGUGAACGGAGUGAUGAGCAAGAAGGCACAAUAA